AGCAAGCAUGGAGGAGGAGGAGCAGAACUGGAAGCCAACCUAACCCAAGAGGAGGAACACGGUGGCACAAACGGGGCGGAUUGUGUAGGAUACAGCAAGAAGCAUCACAAGCAAGCAGUAGCAGUAGCACGAUAGAUGCGCUGCACGGUGGUCAUCGAAGUCAGGAAGAGGCACAAGCCCACCGACUCGUAACAAGACCAAAAAUAUGGAUGGGUUUAACCUGGACGGACGGGCUGGCGGAAGGGACGGGCGGACGGGCUGGCGGAUUAUACCUUGGGGCGCUCGGGAUACAUUUGUUAUGGGCAGUUUGCAAUUUGCAAUGCCAUCUUUUCCUUUACUACUAAUCAUGUACAAAAUGGCAUCAUUUUCAUACUUUCAUUCUACUGCAUCUGCAUCAUCAUCAUUCUCAUCAUUAUCCUUAUACGCGGUGACUAGGCGGCAUUUGAUUGAUGUUGCUAGCACCUGCUACUUUUGUAAUCAUCAUCAUCACCAUCAUCAUCACCAUCAUGGUCAUGGGGUUGUUGCCAUUCAUCUCUUGUGGCUCGGCAGUCUGGUCACUGGGUCGGUCGGAUGGAAGAAUGGGGUUAGGCAGGCCGAACGGAUAGGCACGUCACGUCAAGGCUGGGUGAUUGGGCUGGGCUGGUUUCGGCGGCGAUCAACGGGGAAUUGCACACUGGGAUCGGGACUGGUUUCCGGAAGGGCCUUUGGGGGGAAACAUACUAGCAUAAGGUAAACAGCAGAAUGGAUCAAAGUUCGGCAAGUCUGGCAGAAAAGACUCCCUUGUCAAAUGGACGAAAGAGGAGAGAGGUGCGGGGAGGAGGGGUAC